AUGUUACUACUAAUGAAGAGUCUCUCCAGAUCAGAACACCUCAAGAAACACCAGCAGAGAUCCACAGGGAAGGGAACUCACUGCUGCUCUGACUGUGGGAAGAGAUUCACCUCAUCAGGCAUUACAAUUCAUCAGAGAACACACACAGGAGAGAAACCCUAUAGCUGUGGUCAAUGUGGGAAGAGAUGUACUACAUUUGGCCAGCUGACUCAACACCAGAGAAUACACACAGGAGAGAAACCCUAUAGCUGUGGUCAAUGUGGGAAGAGUUUUGGUGCAUCUAGAGAUCUGACAGUGCACCAGAGAACACACACAGGAGAGAAACCUUAUAGUUGUGGUCAAUGUGGGAAGAGUUUUACUACAUCUGGCCAGCUGACAUUACAACAGAGAACACACACAGGAGAGAAACCUUAUAGCUGUGAUCAAUGUGGGAAGAGUUUUACUACAUCUGGCCAGCUGACAUUACACCAGAGAACACACACAGGAGAGAAACCUUAUAGCUGUGAUCAAUGUGGGAAGAGUUUUACUACAUCUGGCUCUCUGACUGUACACCAGAGAACACACACAGGAGAGAAACCGUAUAGCUGUGGUCAAUGUGGGAAGAGUUUUGGUCAAUCUAGCACUCUGACUCUACACCAGAGAAUACACACAGGAGAGAAACCGUAUAGCUGUGGUCAAUGUGGGAAGAGUUUUGGUGCAUCUAGCACUCUGACUCUACACCAGAGAAUACACACAGGAGAGAAAUCUUAUAGCUGUGGUCAAUGUGGGAAGAGUUUUGCUCGAUCUGGCCACCUGACAUUACACCAGAGAACACACACAGGAGAGAAACCUUAUAGCUGUGGUCAAUGUGGGAAGAGUUUUACUACAUCUAGCAAUCUGACUGUACACCAGAGAACACACACAGGAGAGAAAUCUUAUAGCUGUGGUCAAUGUGGGAAGAGUUUUGGUCGAUCUGACCAAUUGACAUCACACCAGAGAACACACACAGGAGAGAAACCUUAUAGUUGUGGUCAAUGUGGGAAGAGUUUUGGUCAAUCUAGCACUCUGACUCUACACCAGAGAAUACACACAGGAGAGAAAUCUUAUAGCUGUGGUCAAUGUGGGAAGAGUUUUGGUCGAUCUGACCAACUGACAUCACACCAGAGAACACACACAGGAGAGAAACCUUAUAGUUGUGGUCAAUGUGGGAAGAGUUUUGGUCAAUCUAGCACUCUGACUCUACACCAGAGAAUACACACAGGAGAGAAACCUUAUGUUCAGUGUGACAAAAUACAUACAUGAAGGAGUUAUUUUGUGAUAUCAAUGAAUUCAUGUCACAAUGUAGAAUGUUUUAACAUCGUAGUAUGAGUAUUUUAAGGAGUUUCUCAAUGUAGAACCCUAAUUCAAUUGAUUUCAGCGUGAUAUGGAUAUUAGCCUUGGGAAAAAUCCAGGCUCUGAAUGAAAAGAGUACUAUUUAUGUGAUUUAUCAAAAAGUGACUAACACAAAAAGAGCUUUUGUUACACUUACCACGUUGGUGACCCACUUGAAUCAAAAUGCAACACUUCUAAAUGUAGCCAACUGUUUUCUACAGAUUGUCCUCUAACCAGGGAUGUACACAUUAUUCCCAGAUUCCGUGUGGUUUUUGAGCUGUUAGUUUUAACAGGACGUGCAACCUCAUAUCCCUUCUGUCACACAAUUGAUUUCAACGUGAUAUCGAUGAGUGAUGACAAAUAUGUGUUGUGUUCCUUUGUUUAGUGACCCCUAAAUUUAAAUGCAUCACUCCCAAAUGUAGCUGACUGUCUUCUGCAGGUUGUCCUCUAACCAGUGAGGCGAAAUAUAUCUCCCAUUUCCAUGUGUUUUUUUAGUUGUUCGUUUCAACAUCAUGUACAUCCUGAUUUCCCCCCUAAUCGAUAUCAGUAAUUUAUACAUAUUACUUUAUGUUCUAUAUUAUACAUACAAUACAUAUGAACAGACAUUUGGUUUUGAUAUUUCAUAUUUCCAAUUCAUGUAACAUUUAGUCAUCAUAAUUAUUUAAGUAAUCAACUGACAAUUUUCGGGUAUAAUUAUAUUGACGCUGUUGCCCUUCUUUUAGAAUAUCAGGGUUCAUGUUCAGAUGUGCCAACCCAAAUGUACUAGAGCAUGACAUUGGGGACUGGGUCUUCCUGUCUUUAAGUUUGGUGUGGGUUUUUCUUUUGUUUCCCUCUUCUUGGGCAGAUUUAGUGGGACUCAUGGGUGGUGUCUUUUAUGUCCCAGUUGUUGUUACUAGUCAACUUUCAAUCGACACCCCCAUAGUGUCUUUGAGAACCCCUCCUAAAAAACAAGCUUAUAUUUUGGGUUGGAUAUUGCAUCCAAUUAGUGUUUUAAUCAAUGGCAUUUCCUUAGAAUGCUCAUUGGUCUUUCAGUUGUUAAUCUUCUGUUUGUUGUGUACCAAAUAUUUUUGUUUAUUUUCAUUGUUUUCUCCUGUGAAGCCAUUAUGUUGCAUCCAUGUCUGAAAUGUGCUGUAUAAAUAAAACUUGAUUU